CAAAUUCGAUACGGAUCUGAUUCGGUUUAUAUCAUAAUUACCACACCCCGAAAAUUAACAAAAAUGAUGCAAAUCAAGUUUCUAUUCACUUUCGUCGCUGUCCUGAUGCUGGUGGUCCUAGGAGGCAAAGAGGCCGAUGCUGUCGACUGUCUUUCUGGAAGAUAUGGAGGUCCUUGCGCCGUCUGGGACAAUGAGACCUGCAGAAGAAUUUGCAGGGAAGAAGGACGAGUCAGUGGACACUGCAGUGCCAGACUUCAGUGCUGGUGCGAAGGAUGCUGAGUUGAAAUUUAAAUUUGCGUUACUAACAACAAAAUAAAUUUAAAUAUUUGCAAGCAAAUCGUUAA